UCUGGCUUAGCUGUGUUCACACUUCACAUAAUGAUAAUACUUCUGCAGAGUUCAGCAGGACCAUGGUUAACCAAACACCAAAGUCUUAUGAAAGGAGUUUCUGUAGCAGUGCAUUGUAAAAUCCACACAGAUCAGUCUUAAUCUAUUAACUUCUGAGGAACAAACAUCCAGAAGCAAUUACAUCAGCUGUUUGCAUAGAUACAUUAACCUUUCCACUUCUGCCUGGGCUUGUUCUGUAGUGCAGUUGCUUUGGGUCUUUCUCAUUUGCAGGCUCACUAAAGAUACCUAGACAUGUCAAUUCAUACCUCAAAAAAAGAAAAACGAUUUCUUUUUACCUCCGAAUCUGUUGCUGAAGGACAUUCUGAUAAAAUGUGCGAUCAGAUAAGUGAUGCUGUUCUAGAUGCUCAUCUCAGUAUUGAUCCAGAUGCCAAGGUUGCCUGUGAGUGUGUAGCAAAAACUGGAAUGAUUUUGCUUUGUGGAGAGAUCACAUCCCAAGCUAUAGUAGAUUACCAACAAAUUGUAAGAGAGACCCUUAAGAGGAUAGGGUAUGAUGACUCUUCCAAAGGACUGGACUAUAAGACUUGCACAGUUUUAGUGGCCUUAGAACAACAGUGUAAAGAGAUCAAGCAUGCUGUCUCCCGUGGCAAGAGUGACGAUGACAUUGGAGCAGGGGAUCAGGGUUUGAUGUUUGGCUAUGCCACUGAUGAAACUGAGGAAUGUAUGCCCUUAACACUCCUCCUGGCACACAAACUGACCGCAAGCAUAAAGGCUCUGGAACGGAAUGGAACAUGGCCCUGGGUUAGACCAGAUGGGAAAACACAGGUCACAAUGGAAUACAGGGAAAGUAAUGGCGCAGUGGAGCCCAUCCGAAUGCACACACUUGUGAUUUCAGUACAUCAUGCCCCAGACGUACCUCUACAACAAAUACAGAAGGAGCUAAUGGAGAAAGUUGUUAAAGAAGUCAUUCCAGAGAAGUAUCUUGAUGAGGACACAAUUUAUCAUCUCCUUCCAAGUGAAAAGUUUGUAGAAGGUGGUCCUAAGAGUGAUGCUGGACUGACUGGCAGAAAGAUCAUUGUUGAUACCUAUGGAGGCUGGGGAGCCCAUGGUGGAGGUGCAUUCUCUGGAAAAGAUCCCUCCAAAGUUGAUCGUUCUGCAGCAUAUGCAGCUCGUUGGAUCGCAAAAUCUCUGGUGAAAGCUGGUCUCUGUAAAAGAGUACUAAUCCAGCUAUCAUAUGCUAUCGGUGUGAGUCAUCCUCUUGCAAUCUCAGUGUUUCAUUAUGGAACAUCAGACAGAUCUGAAGAAGAACUGCUUGAGAUUGUGCAGAAAAACUUUGAUCUACGCCUUGGAGCUAUCAUAAGGGAGCUGGAUUUGAAGAGGCCAAUCUAUCAAAAAACAGCAUGCUAUGGGCACUUUGGGAGAGAAGAAUUUACAUGGGAAAUACCCAAAAAGCUUGUGUAUUAAGAUUUUCAGAAUGUUUCAUGUAACUGACAGGUGGUUUAAUAAUCAGGUAAAAUUUCAAGCUGUUCAAGAAAAGACUGUAUCUACUGUUUUUUAAAUGGCAUUCUGUAGUUAAUAGAUUUACUUUAAAUUAUUCGUAUUUAAUUUCUAACUUUCAUAGUGGCCUCACACUUUAAAUGCAUGCUAGUCUAUCUAACAUACUCUUCAGCUUUGUCUUUGGUAACGUGUGAACAAUUUAGGCCUUUGGCUGUUAUCAGAUACUAAGUGCACAGAUGGUUGUGGAAGUUGAAGUCAUUCCUGUUCUGCCAGGGAAGUCCACUACUGCUUACCCAGUUAACUUUGUAAUGAAGUAGAUGGAAGUUGGUGAGGUAACUUCCAACAGCUCCCUGUAAGAGGAAAGCAGUAUUAGCACAAAUUGCCAUAAUUAUUUGGGCCAGAACUUCCAUCACUACAGCUUUACUUAUGGUCCUUCUAGUCCAAGCAAAUUAGUAAAAAAACCCAUUUUGGAACAUUGUUCAUUGUAACCCUAACUAUACUUAGCUAUAAGGUAGUGUUAUCUGUUUGCUUUUAACAUGACAGUUUUGUAGGUGAAUCUGUGAAAACUGAUUAACUCCUGUGUUGUAAUUCUUUUAUUUAUUUAUUUAUAGUUACUCCUUCUCAAACUGAAAUUUUCCGUGUCUGCAUGAAUUGGAAUUGGCUAUAUAAAGUUUCAAUUAAGUUUCAUUUGGUCACUUCUGAAAUGUAAAAAAAAAUUGUAAAAAACAAUUGUAGGAUAUUCCCUUCCUUUGACUUCUCUGGCUGAAAGCACAAAAUGGAGAGAGAGAAUUCAAAAUAAUUUACCUUCUCGUCAAGGACUAGAGAGGCUGAAAAGGCUUGUAUACAGAAAGUAGCGAUUCUGGCAAACAAACUUAUCAUCAAAUCAUAAACUAAGAUAGAAUGUUGGAAUGCUGAAACCGCUUUUACUUAGUAUCAGGGAAUUUUAAGAGACAAUUAAGCAAUAUGGCUACCCUGUCCCCAAUAAGGGAAAAACAUAGGCUUCAGUGGUAAGUCUAAUCAAAUGCAAGUAGUUGAAUAUAACAUUAGUCUCAAGCAAGUUUUGAAAAGCUGCUUGCUUUCACAUAAAGACCAAUUGAUCCACUGCUUCUUUGACAGACCAGAGCUGAAGUGAGGUUGGUGUAUGGCUGUACCUGCGCCUUACCGGGCCUGGUACAGUUAACCUGAUCUAGCACAGUAGCCCUGCAGUCAGUCUUGUGACCUACAAAAAACACAUUUUUUUUUUGUUCUGUAAAAAAAUAAAUUCAUUUCUGGAAUAAAAGCUGCAAUUUUUUUGUGGGCUUUUUUCCAGUUUUUUAUUUAAUGACGAAUUUUCCUUUUUAUCACAGGACCCUGGACCCUGCCUUUGCCUGAAACUAAUCCAGUUUAGUAUGCAUAGGGCCAUGUAGGCAUAAAACGUGUCAUUAACCUUUAAUAAAAUUUGUUCAAAUUGGUAUUGUCUAGGGAAUAGUAAAGUAGCUUGCUAAAAAUUUUGAAAUGUCAGCAUAACUUCCGAUUUAGUAAUAUAGGGGUACAAUGUUUAAAUGGCAAGGGAUUGCAGAGAUCACUGUACGGUAAACUGACUAUAAUGACCUUUUGAAAGAGAAUUCAGUAAAUGGGCAUAUAGUCUCAAUUUUACAGCUGUCUCAAUUACAAUUAUCAAUUUUAUUGUCAUCAUACUUUACCCUUCCAAAGUUGAAUAGUGCUUUGGUAAGAAGCUGUGAUGUGAAGAGCAUUUUGAUGAAGAAAAAGUCUCUUGUUAAAUUUAACAAGGAAAUGAUUUGUUCAAUGGAGGUGGCUCUUAAUCAUUGCUCAUUGUAAAAAAAAAAGCAGAGCUUAGGCCUUUCUGUUAGACAGCUGGAGCCUACAGGAGCAAAUUGGACCAUGGUGUGUUUCAGACAGUAAUAACACGUUUCUGCAACACUUCUUUCACCUUACUCUCUGGCUUCCUAUAAAUAGACUUGAGAUCAAAGCUACAGACCUUUUCUUCAAGGAGUUGGAUAGUUUUUGUCUCCAGAUGACAAAUCUUUCUUUCCCCUUGUUGUUGAUUUGUGUUUCAAAGUAGCUAGGAGCCCCAGCUGCAGAAGAAAUCUCUAACCACAGAUUGGAACAGGUACAGUGUACAUCCAAUCUCCAGAGAUCCUGCCUACAAAUUUUAGCAAGUUUUCUAAUAACUAGUGAAUUAGUUUUACUUACAUAGGGUAGCUAAUUUGCCCUACAUAAACUUUUUUCUCAAGAACAGCAAAAGAUAUAUGCCUUGUUCGAAACAAGCAAACAGAGAAAAACUAUCUCUGCUAAAUUUGUAGCAUCUAAUCCGAAGUCAGAGACAAAACUAUUGCUCCACAAAAUCAGUGAAGUAAUUUUCUUCGAAUGAUUGGCAUGUUUUUGCAUUAUCAUUCUAGAAAUCGAUCAAUAGAGCUGGAACCUCAAAACUAAAAAAGGGUGCCCAAAUCAGGCAUAAGCAUUAAAAUGGCAGUUAUUGCU